UCAUCCGACAUGGCUUCGUGAGUUCCGUCACCACACAAUUUCCUUUUUCCUCAUGACUGAAAUCUCUCUCUUCAGCUUCGAAUUCCCAAUCCAAACUGAAGGAGUUUCAAAUCCCUCCUUCUCAUGGAUUGCGCAACCUUCAAUGCCUACCCUUCUGAUGCCUACUGCCUUCUGCUCACUGCUCUCUCUUUGAUUCCGUUGUGGCAUUACUUAAUUGCCACCGCCAUUGCUUUUAUCACAUUCCUUUACAAUUUCUUGGAGUUUCAUUUCGUCGAAGAUUUUUUCUCCGGAUUAAGAGGCUCUCCCGUGAGUUUAACGUACAACUCUUGCUCUCAAAUCUACGAAGGCGUUGUUUCCAAGUGCUCGCUGCUCCAUGGAAGGUAUUUGCCGACGCUCUGGCUUUCAAGCCCUCACGUGCAGACUUGUUUUUUGAAUUUUUUCGGAAGGCCCCCCGUUUUCAAGUACAGAAGACAAUUGUAUGAAACUUCUGAUGGUGGAACCAUCGCUUUGGACUGGUUGAGAAGCUCUGAUGUGUCUCAUGGUGCUCUCCAUGAGGAUGAUGCUGUUCCUAAAGAUGACCCUACUCCUCUUGUUGUAGUAAUUCCUGGUCUAACAAGUGACUCGUCAUCUGCUUAUCUCAAACAUCUUGCAUUCUGUACAGCAAAGGGAGGAUGGAAUGUAGUGAUCAGUAAUCACCGAGGACUGGGAGGUGUUUCAAUUACGUCUGAUUGUUUCUACAAUGCUGGAUGGACUGAGGAUGCUCGUGCAGUGAUUAAGUAUUUACAUGAAGAGUACCCCAUGGCUCCUCUAUUUGUUGUUGGAACUAGUAUUGGUGCCAAUGUUCUUGUGAAAUAUCUUGGUGAGGAAGGUGAAAAUAUUCCUGUGGCUGGGGCUGUAGCUAUUUGCUCUCCUUGGGACCUUUUGAUAGGAGACAGAUUUAUAAGCCGUAGGCUUGUCCAAAAGUUUUAUGAUAGAGCUCUUGCAAUUGGACUUCAAGGCUAUGCCAAAAUGCACCAGCCUCACUUUGCUCGCCUAGCAAAUUGGGAAGGAAUUGAAAAAUCACUCUCUAUUCGAGAUUUUGAUGAUCAUGCAACUCGCAUAGUUGGGAAAUAUGAGACUGUUGAUACCUACUAUAGGCGUUGUAGCAGCUCACUUUAUGUACAAUCUGUGGCUGUUCCGCUUCUCUGUAUUAGUGCCUUAGAUGAUCCAGUCUGUACCAGAGAAGCCAUUCCCUGGGAUGAAUGCAGGGCAAAUAAGAAUGUUGUGAUGGCUACUACAAAGCACGGAGGACAUCUGGCCUUCUUUGAGGGAAUAACUGCAUCUAGCCUGUGGUGGGUAAGAGCUGCAAAUGAAUUUUUUGGUGUGCUACACAAUAGCAAAUAUAUGCAUGUGCAGAAGGAGAUGUCUAAACCACACACGCCAUGGGACACACCAAUCGACCAGGGCCCAUAUGUAAAUUUUACUGAAAAUGGAAUGGUCGCAGCAUCGAACACGGAACAAACAACACAGAAUGAAGAAGAGUCACAAGUAAUAUCAGCCGAUGAGCAUCAAACUAGUGAAAAAUUCCUGGAAGAACAAGUUGAAGUGCCUAGAACCGAUCCAAACCAUGGCAAUACCCCUAGCGUCGCAGAAACUCCAAGUGUGCAACGUGAUGCCAUGCCCCUUGAUGUAAUAGCACCUUUCAGGAGAUAUUUAGGCCAGUUAUCUCGGCAAAAUCGAUGGUCCAUCUGGUUGCUUGUUUAUAUUGCUAUUACCACAAGUUGGCCUCUCUUGGGUUCAGCACUCCGUGUUGUGUUUGGAAAAAAGUUAAAGGGUGUCUUACCAGGUGGAUUUCUCAGGAGAUGAUCUUAUAUAAUUUCACUUCACUUUUUCUUUUUGAUGUGGGGGUAGAUAUAUCAUAUACAGUGCUAUAUACUGUUUAUCUUUGUUUACAAUCAGAUAUUUACCUUCCUAGAUUUGCGUAGAAUUAGGGAAAUAAAUAAUGUAAGGAAGGGUUACCCUUCAGGACCAUAUUUAAGAUUAAGGACCUUAAAUAUUAAAAUUAGGAGGACUCAAAAGAUAUCUCUUUCUUUUCAACUAUAAGAUUAAAAUAUUUUUAUAUAAUCAUGUAAAGCUAAAUUUGUUACU